AAAGCUCCAUUUGCAUUCAUUCACUCUUCAUUUGACAAUUCUAUGGUAUUCACUGAAGUUCCAGAGCAUCAUUAUAAUACUGAUUCUCAAGGGACCAAAGGCAAGAUCCAAGAACCGCCAAAGAAUGAGACUUGUACCAUGGAAAAGAGUGUAUUACAGGAUGAGAAUGUACAAGUUGGUUUACUGUUUGCCUCCAAAGCAAUAUUACAGCUCCUGGUGAACCCACUAGUAGGACUGAUAACCAACAGGAUAGGAUAUGAUGCGCCUUUAUUCUGUGGAUUUGUCAUCCUGUUCCUGUCUACUCUCAUGUUUGCCUUCUCUGGCUCUUACACAUUACUUUUCCUGGCAAGAUCACUGCAGGGUGUUGGAUCUUCAUUUUCAACUGUGGCAGGUCUGGGGAUGCUUGCAAAUGUGUACACUGAUGACUAUGAGAGAGGACAAGCAAUGGGUAUAGCACUGGGAGGGUUAGCAUUGGGCGUUCUCACUGGCGCUCCAUUUGGUUCUGUCAUGUAUGAG